AUGUUCUCCAAUUCCGCCAUGUCGUUGACAUCUCCCUCCCUCCUCUCUUCCCCGCUCCCCUCCCGCGGCGCCCUCGUCUUCAAGAAGCCGUCUGCUUCGUCGCUCGCAGUCUCAACGGCGAGGCGUGGAGUCCGGGUGGUCGCAGAGGCCGCGGCGGUAUCGUCCCCCGCAUCAUCGGUGUCGGCACAGCGGACCCAGCCGUCGGCAGCCGAGGUGGCGCGGACGGUGGUUGAGCUCGCGCCUUCCGGGACGCUGUCCGUCGUGGGCGCCGACGGUUGGCCGCUCGGUGUCGGCGCUCGUUUUGUCGCCGACGCCGCUGGCGCGCCCGCGCUCUGCCUAGCCACAGCGGCAGUGACCGUGCCUGAUGCGCGGGCAAGUUUUCACGUUGAGUUUCGGCAAAGUGGAGCCAGGACACCACAAUGUACUUUUCUUGGUGCCUUGACUAAACCUAGUGAUAAAUAUAUGCUGAAGAAGCUGUCUACUAGGUGGGAAACCAAAUUUGGGGAGGAGAUAGAUGAAGAUCGUUUGUAUCUAAUAUCUGUAGAGCGGAUCUUGCACAUGGAAGACUUCAACGAGCGAUGUGCUCCCAGGUCGCAGCCUCUCCUGGAUCAAAGCCGCCACCUCCUGGAUCGAAGCCACCGCCGCCGCCGGCGGCGACACCUGCACUCGACCGGCGACUGCUACCCCACAACACCAGCAGGCAGCAGCCUCUCCUCCCAACGGCAGGGCCGUGUGUGGGUAGUCCCGUCAGAAUACAGUGAUGCAGAACCAGAUCCACUUCGAAACUUUGCUGAAAGAGUUGUUGAGGAAAUGAACAGUGAACAUGCUGAAGAUGUUCAUAGGAUAUACAAUAUUUAUGCCGAAUCAGAUUUUCAGGCAUUGGAUGUGAAGAUGAUUUGGGUAGACAGACUUGGUUUUGACUUGCACGUUCAUUCUGAGGAAGGCAUCUUCGCUGUUCGGAUACCUUUCUCAAGGCAGGUCUCUGACCAGAAGGCGGUGAAAUCGUCAUUCAACAUGAUGGCUCAUCAUGCAUGGGAGGUGGACAAGAGUUAUGCCACCCCAGAGUUUGAGAAGGUACAAUUCUUGAAGAAGGUCACAUAG